AUGGCGGCGCUGGUGGCGCUGGUGAAGAAGGCGUGGAGCGUGCGGAGGGUGCUGGUGCUGCUAUGCGCCCCCCUGGCUCUGGUGCCCGUGUUGCUCAGCCUGCCCCCCAAGGAAGGACGAUGCCUCUACGUGAUCCUACUGAUGGCCCUGUACUGGUGCACGGAGGCGCUGCCCCUGGCUGUGACGGCCCUGCUGCCCAUCGUCCUCUUCCCCUUCCUGGGCAUCCUCCCGUCUAACAAAGUCUGCCCGCAGUAUUUUUUAGACACCAAUUUCCUCUUUCUCAGUGGUUUAAUCAUGGCUUCAGCCAUUGAGGAGUGGAAUUUGCACCGCAGGAUCGCCCUCCGGGUCCUGAUGCUGGUGGGAGUGCAGCCAGCCAGGUUAAUUUUAGGGAUGAUGUUGACAACAUCCUUCCUGUCCAUGUGGUUAAGUAACACUGCCUCCACUGCUAUGAUGCUUCCAAUCGCAAAUGCAAUUUUGAAAAGCCUCUUUGGGGAGAAAGACAACUCUAAGAAUAUGAACAGGGAACAUGAAGAAAUCCAAGCAUCUUUACAGCAGAAUAAACUUUACACUGUACCAACUGAGAUGCAGUUUCUGGCAAGUACUGAGGACAAAGAUCUGACGGAGGAGAAGGAGGUUGCCAGUGAUGCGCUCUCAGACUUAAAGAAGGAGGAAGAGUACAAAACGAACAUAUGGAAAGGCUUCCUCAUCUCAAUCCCAUACGCGGCCAGCAUCGGGGGCACGGCGACACUGACGGGAACCGCACCAAACCUCAUCCUUUUGGGACAGCUGAAGAGUUAUUUUCCAGAAUGUGAUGUGGUGAACUUUGGUUCUUGGUUUAUGUUUGCAUUUCCUUUAAUGCUGAUUUUUCUUCUCGUGGGAUGGCUAUGGAUCUCCAUCCUGUAUGGAGGAAUCAACCUGAGGGGCUGGAGAACAAAAAAAUCAAAUAUAAGAGUGGACGCAGAAGCCCGUGCCAGAGAAGUGAUAAAGGAGGACUAUCAGAAACUGGGCCCAACAAAGUUUGCAGAACAGGCAAUUUUCUUCUUCUUCUGCAUGUUUGCAAUCAUGCUUUUCUCAAGGGACCCCAAAUUCAUUCCAGGCUGGGCGAGCUUGUUUGCACCAGGGUUUAUCUCAGAUGCGGUUACAGGAAUCACCAUCGUGAUCAUUCUCUUCUUCUUCCCUUCCCAAAAGCCUUCCUUCAGGUGGUGGUUUGACUUUAAGGCACCGAACACGGAGAUGCAGCCCUUGCUGACGUGGAGGAAGGCCCAGGAGACCGUGCCCUGGAACAUUAUCCUGCUGCUCGGAGGAGGCUUUGCCAUGGCGAAGGGCUGCGAGGAGUCCGGUCUGUCUGUGUGGAUAGGAGGCCGCCUGCACCCCUUGGAGGGUGUACCCCCACCUGUGGCCGUCAUCCUCAUCACGAUUGUCAUCGCCUUAUUCACAGAGUUUGCCAGCAACACGGCCACUAUUAUCAUCUUCCUGCCUGUCUUGGCUGAACUGGCCAUUCGUCUGAAAGUAAAUCCCCUCUAUUUAAUGAUACCAGGGACUAUAGGAUGCUCCUACGCAUUCAUGCUGCCAGUCUCGACGCCUCCUAACUCAAUUGCAUUUUCUUCUGGACACUUGAUGGUCAAGGAUAUGGCAAGAACGGGGUUGCUCAUGAAUCUUAUGGGAGUUCUGCUUCUUAGCUUGGCUAUGAACACGUGGGCCAAGAGCAUCUUCCAGCUGGGGACCUUCCCUGCAUGGGCUAACAUCCAUGCAGAAAAUGCCACAUCGCUCUUGCCAGCUGUAGAAAAUGUCACUUUUAGUGCACUGAAUAAAAUAUGAACAAAGCCACCCCAGGGGAAGGACUCACUCACUUAGGACUUGGGCACUGGAAUCGUCAGCGCAUGCACAGGAAGAAGGCCCCAUGGCUGCCCACUCUGCGUGGGACUCUCGGGUUAAAUUUUAUUUUUAGCAAUACCAGUCGGUGCCGCAACAUCCGAUUUUGAUUUUCUCUGAAGAUCCUUUUCCCCAUUCCACAGGCACCAAUCAGAUCCUUCCAGAGAAUUUCAGCUGUCCCUCGCAGGUGGUUGUUACCUGCACAGCCUUGUAAGUGUCGAGCAUCUGUGGGUAGGUGCCUCUCCCCCCGUGAAAGCUAUUGAGCUGUGCUGCUCCAGCUUCUGAUACCCUUCCUCGUUUUGGAGAGCAGCCCUGGGUGGAGGCAAGUGGAUCAUUUCCAUGCAACCCAACGUGAGUGAGUGUAUCAGAACCUGGCUGGGGAGGAGGCAGCGUGGGCCAGGUGCUCCUGGCAGGACCGCGGAGGCUGAGGGCUCGGCACGAUCUCAUGAGUAAUUCUCUCAUGUAAGGACGAAGACUAUUUCUUCAGGCUUGUGCAUGAAAGGAUGAUUCAGGAGACGUGUCGGUAGGACUCGGUGCGUUGCCCCAUGCUUUGGGAACAGGAAGGCAUCAGUUUGUUUCCAAACCUGGUCAAUGUUUUGAAAACCCGGAUUUCAGUCGCUGCCUGGCUCUUUGCACUGAGUGCAGAUGGAGGUUUGGGGCCAAAUUUGUUUCUGAUGUAACUGUGUGGACAUAGGUGGUGUUUCAGCUUUGGGAAUGUGGCCAGUCUUAGGUUUGUGAGACUGACCCACUCUUGAGCGACCUGCUGAGUCACAGGUCAGUGGGCAAGCUGCAUUGGAAUAUUAUUGACGUUUCUGAAAAGUAGGCUUUGAUUCUUAACAUCUUUUAAUUUCUGAUUGCUUGGGUACUUUCAAUGAAAGCAUUGCAAAUUGACUGUGAUUUUAAUCACCGUUUUAUCCUUUUUUUUUUUUUUAAUUUUCUGUAAGAAUCUAAAAUAU